GAACCUUGGGCGUUGAAGAAGCUCAAGAUGAGGAGGCAGUCGCGUCUUGGAAGACAUCCGUCCUGGUCACUGCAUGCUGUUAUCGUCAAGUCAGGAGAUGAUCUUCGGCAAGAGCAAUUUGCAAUGCAGAUGAUUGAAGAGAUCAAGGAGAUCUGGGAGGAAGAUAAACUACAUCUUCGUCUGAAACCUUACAAGAUCGUCUCUGUGUCGGAGAACUCGGGGCUGAUGGAGAUGAUCCCGGACACGGUCUCCCUUGCUGCUGUCCGUCGCAAGUACAGCAAGUACACAUCCCUUGCAAACUUCUACCGUGAGGCUUUCGGGGAAGAAGGGACUCUCUCCCGCAUCAACGCUCAGCAAAACUUCGUCAGGAGCAUGGCAGCAUAUUCUGUUAUCUGCUACAUCCUCAAGGUCAAAGAUCGGCACGAUGGAAACAUUCUGUUGCAGAGGGAUGGGGGAAUCGUACAUGUUGACUACGGUUACAUGAUGGGGAAGUACAUGAAUGGCGUCGUUGAGGUUGAACGCGCUCCGUUCAAGCUGACUCGGGACCAUGUGGAGACCAUGGGAGGAGAGCUGAGUGCGAACUUUCUUUCCUACAUCUCCCUGUGCAUUCAGGGGCUGCAGAGUCUUCGCAAAAAUGGCAAGAGGUUAACGUCUUUGGCCAAGGGGAUGCUGUUUUCAGACACCAGACUUGGUUCGAGCCUGCAGUGUCUGAGCCAGCGGGAGGUGCUCGAGCUGGAGGAGCGGCUGGGCACGUCUCAAUCCGAAAAACAGCUCGUCGAGAAAUUCAUCACCUUGCAGAGUCAAGCGCUCGGGAGUUGGUCAACCACGGCCUACGAUCUUCUGCAGACGUUUAUCGGGACCUGAGGUUAUGGAGCGGCAGUGAAGAUUGAAGUGAACAACCAGCCGUUGACUUCAGAGUUGCUCCUGUUCAUGUUCUCCUCUUUCUUCUUUGCUCCAUCCCCUCUGCCCUCUACCCUCUCGUUCUUUUGUUCUCUGCUCUCUUCAUUUUUGUACAAAUCUCUCUUUGUAUGAAUCUCUC